AGCACUCAGUGCCUGCCAUAGCAAGGAUGAUUGGGACUUCCACAGAACAAGGCAACAACAUGGGUGGGGCGAUGCAUUAUCCUUGGCCAGGCCGGACUCUACUCACUGGGCUACCGGGCCGAGCCGCAUAAAAACAUGAAGGUUGGGGCCCGGGUCGGACCAGGCCAUUUUUCGAUGCGCCCGGGCCGGGACGGGCCUGGAAAAGUCGGCUCCUGCAGGGCUCUAACACGGAGGACUCAAUUUCUGAAGCAACUUGGAGCCUGCCUUUACCCGACGCCAGUGAGGAACCGCAUCAACUUUAUCUUCGGCUACGCUCUACCCCUCUACUUAGCACCUUUCCUCUUCGGAAACGAUGACAGCAAGUGCAUGUACUGCAUCCUGGUAACCGUGUUGUCCAUGGUAGGGGCCCAUCUUCCUCGCGCCAUCAGUGCAUUUUUUCCCGUUGUUCUAAUGCCACUUUCUGGAGUCAUGGCACCCGACAGGCUAGCGUCGAGCUAUAUUGAUGCGAACGUAUUAUCUGCUUCGUCGCUCUUCAUUAUCGUCAUCAUCGGAGACCAGUCCCGUGUCUUCUCUCGCAUCGCCAUGCACGCAUUGCGCACGCUGGGUUGCAACGCGCACCUGCUCUUCUCCUACCUGGUGCUCAUCACCUUCGUGUCUACUUUUCUGUUGCCCAGCCGGAUCGUUGUAGUGAUCGCCACCAUGCUUGUGGAGCGAACGGUCGCCAGCUUGGAGCAGGACGUGGUGAUCAUGGAGCACACGUGGAACACUGCUCGCAAAACUCGAGGCUCGUCCGACACUCUCGAACCUUGGGCUGAUGGAGGCAGCAGCACUACUGUCAAGGGACGGAAGGUAACGAAAUUCAGUCCAAGCGUGUCUAUGUACACAACAGACACUGUGGGAAGAAGGUUUUCUCAUUGUGAGGCCAGUUGGCAACCUACGUUGACCCAUUCGCCUGCGCCGUCGAUGCCCUCGUUAGUGAAGCAGUACAAAAUACACCAGGAGGAGCCAAAGGCCAAGGCUGAAUCCUCCAAAACUGACCAGAAGCAUGAGUAUGGAAGCCCACGGAGGACUUCGCGGAAGGCGUCGUCGGAGCGGUUCGGCCUAGUUAUGCGUCGUACAUCGUCCGUACCUCACCUCCCUGUGAGAAGAAUUCCCUCGUUCUCGACCCAGGAGUCAGGGCGCCUAUCGUCGAUCCUAAAGGAACCGAAGGCUCCCGUCUGUAACCAAAAUGAAACGAGGAAGGUCAACAAAGAACUUGACGGCGCUCCAGAAAAGAUAGAAGACGUUCUCGUCUCCCGCCGUAACACCUCCCACAAGCUGUCUCCGCCACCUCUUUCAAGACGACAGUCCAUGGCGUGCAAGCUGAAGGCGCCUAAUUGCACUCCAGAUGCACACCCUCCCGUUCAAAUAGAAGUUCCCGAGGACAGCAGCGCCCCACCUUCAGUACCGAAGAGCAGCAGACCGUCCAUACUGAAAGUGCGACGGACGUCCAGCAUUAGAACAGUGGGAUUUGGCGGCGGUUCCAGGACUUCAAUGCAAAGCACCGAUACGAUCCUCAGCCGUAUGUCUAUUCGACCGCUGUUCUUUCGCCGCACACCCCGCACGUACCUCAUAGAGGACGCUGGUCAAAGAAUGUUUCUUCCGCCCCCACCAUCGACGGAUGACGCCAUCAACGAGUCCAGUCAACAUCAACCGUCGGUCUUAUUUUCCGAAGGAGCCCAAGAAUGGCAGCCUGGAUCGUCGGAAGAGGCGAAAAAGUUCCUUAAGAUGUGCAUCAACAUGAGGGCAGCGCUUCUUCUCGGCGCAGCCAUGACCUCUGUUCUCGGCAGUUUGGCUAGCUUCUGGAACGUUCCCGCUCGCGGCGCUAUCAUGAUCCACCUCUCCAAACAAGGCGAAGAACUACCAGUAACUGCUUGGCGGUGGUUUACCGUGACGUUACCUGUCGCUGCAGCGGGAACAGCUGUAUGUUGGGGCCUUAUCUACGUUGUCUAUAUCAUCACUAUAGAAGACCCGGAUAACAGCGUAGUUCAGGACGUCGCCAAGAGCACCGUAAGCCGUCUUCGAGAUAUGCGCGCACUAAGACUACAAGAAUCGCUGGUCGCCUACUGGUUUUUAGGUCUUCCCCUCUACUACGUAUCGUUCAUUUCACGAAAAUUUGAAGUUGCGUUUUUGGAAGGUUCCUUCUUUGGCGCAACAAUGAUAGUAAUGAUGAUGCUUCCAAGAGACAACCUGCGCUUGUGGGCGUUGAGACGGCUCGUCACAUGGGACACCAUCAAGGACAGGAUGCCUUGGAACAUCCUCGUCAUGUACGGCUCUGUGUCGUCCCUUACUAAAUUAGCCAAGGAGCAUAACCUUGUGAAAGUAAUCUUCGAUCAUAUGGGAAACAAAUUCUGGACGAGCGCAUCCACACAGACUACUCAAGUCAUUCUAACCACAGUAGCCGCAGUGCUGUCCGAAGUUAUCGGGAAUCCCACCCUCAACGACCUCAUGGUGCCUAUUGUCAUCAAUAUCGCUUCUGCUUCAAAGACCCCUGCUGUAUUUUACGUCAUACCCGUUGGAGUGGCAGCGUCCGCAAACGUCAUCAUGCCUGUAUCUCUGCCUCUCCUAAUGCUACGGGAAUCCCUACAGAUAUCUUGCUCGCGCAUGAUAGCGACUGGACUCGUUCUGAAGAUUGUGGUGGUGUUGACCAUUGUCAUCACAACCAACACAUUAGGCAUACUGGUGUUCGGCAACGAAGACGACAGCGACGAAGGCUCGUUCUUGCUUCAAAGAUCUGUAGCACAUUUCUCGUUUAAUAGUAGCCAUAAAGCAUUUUAAAACUACAA